AGCUGAUGACAAUUCUUAGCUCUUCCUUUUUUUUUUAAAGGUACGAAUCGAGGAAGCGCUACACUGCACGUUCGCUGCAUCGGUUGUCAACUCCUCUCACCUUCCGUUUCACUUCCUAUUUCUUUUGUUUUGUGCAGUCUCAUUCUUUUUAUAUUAGUAUUACUAUUUUUUUCCUUUACAAUUAAAGGACCUCAUUUAGCCCACUACUCCUCACCGUGGCCGAUUACACCACAGCCGCCUCAACAGGGUGACGCUUUUUUCGGUACAAGCAACCUUUUACUGUCUUCGGGCGUUUUUGCUUUUCCCCGCGGUUUCGGCAAUGUGCGACACACACAAGAAAACUGACGCCAAGCCAGUGCACCACAAAAGUCGUUGCCGUCCUCGGUCAGCGACCUGGCCAAUGAAACUAGAUGUGUUGUGCAUGUGUUUGCGUUUUUUUUUCUUUUCUUUUCUUUCCUUCUAUUCGUGUUCCCUUCUUUCGAUUUACCACACCUUCAAUUGUUUAGUUUCUGCGUCUCUAGUGACGCUGUUGACCAUCUCUUUCAUUCGGCUCUUCUGUGUAGUGCAGCGGUGGCGACUGUGUGUCUGCGUGGGGCGGGGCCGACUUCUCGCUUCAUCACCUUCACUGGGCAAUAGAAGACCCAAUCCCUCCAAAAAGGAGUGCUGUAUGAUCUGUAUAUAUCGUACUGUUAUGAUUGAACCAAAAAAAAAGAAUGAAAUGCUAAUAAAAGAAAUAGUACAUGAACGGUUGUGUUGACCUCCGUUUAUUUUUCUUUCUCGGGACGCUAUGGGGUACCGUGGAUUUGGGGGUAUUCGUUGGUUGUGCAUCUCACCUGCUUUUCCGUGUCCUCUCUUUCUUUUCCAGUAGACUCACGUGUCAGCCUUUUUCUCUUCUUAAUGUUUUGAACUUUUCCUGUCUUCCAUCUGUGUCAGGGAAAUCGACGGCAAAAGGUGCGGUUGGCUUCGGCAACUGAAAAAGGGGGUGAAAACGAAAGUGCCUUCGAGCAUGGCGUUUGACGGGCUGACAAAUUCGUUGGGAAACCGCACACAGAGGACAGAAGUGGCCGUUUUCUCGGCGUUUUCUUCGUCUUCCGUUUCUCUCUUUUCAUUUAAAGGGAGGCGGGACGUCGCCUUCUUUAGCGUUGCUUCUUCUCCUUUUGUACUUGAUGACAUGAAGCGAGUGGGUAAGACUUUUCAUGUGGUGAAGUUCAAUUGUGGAGAGGUAGUACUUGACACGGAAAUUGGCGAAACAUCUUUAUUACUUCCUCUUUUUUUUUUAGAGAGAUAGAUUCGUGCUUCAUACAGCUGUGAGCAUGUUGUGUGUGCUCCGCUGCGUGCGGGCGCGUGUUGUCUCAUUUCUUUAUAGGCUGAUAUGGCGGGCUAUUGUGGAGAGAGAGAGAGGAGUGACGGGACACUGGUACGACGCUCAUUCGUAUUCUGCUUAAGACACUCUUGUUUAUCACGAAACAAAGCGGUGGAGAAGCGUGUCAGCAAAAAAAAAAACUAAGAACAGCGCUGUCGUGCGAGUCAAUUGAGAGCUGAGGGGAGAGUUCUCAUCAGCUCUGUUGCUCUCUGCUGUUUGCUCAGCUCUCUUCAGAAAAAGGAGGAGAAGAAAAAUAAUCAUUUCUUAACACUGCUCAACUCUCUUUCUGUGGGUGUAUUUUCACUUUCUUGUUCGAGAUAUUCUCCCAAACCCACCGCAACCUCAAUAGUAACAACUAUGCCUACGCAUCAACUGGUUUUCCGUGUGUCAUUGUUUGUGUGUGUGUGUUCGUGGCUGUGCUUGUGUCUCGCCAAACUGUGCCCGAAUACGAACGCAAGUCAACUGUAUUUGGUUUGGCUCACAUUGAGUCUCCUCCCCCUUCCCCUUUCCCCCUAUUUUUUAUUACUUUAUCAACUUUAUUAAUUUCAACGAGUAUGUGAAUGAGUAGAUAAACUUCGAAGACAAACUUGAAGGGAACUCCAAAGAGAAGUGGGCGGAGAGAUUUCCACGCAACGGAAGAAAGAGUUUUUUCCCAAUGUGCAGUUGAUCCGUGUGUGUGUGUGUGUGUGUAUUUUGGGUGGAAAGACGAUAGAUGCCGUUGAAGAGGUCGAUAAUGUGAGACUGCUACGGCAGGCGUUUGCGUCCGCUGGGCGUUGCCAUGCUUUUAAGUCUCGCUUCAACGCAGAAGCACUUCUCAAAAAAGCGGCAAAACCCACAUAUAUGUGCUCAGGUGAUGGAUGUAAUGCUCCAUCUCCUUCUUUUCUCCCUCCUUACAUCCAUCCACUUCACCUUCGCUCCUCUUUUUCUCUGCGUACGUUUUCAAAGGUCAAGGAAGCAACAUAAUAGUAACGAAAACAGCCCGACUUUCAAGAAGUUAAGAGGGAUAAAAACGGAUGUCGAAGCCGUACAAGAAGAGCAAGGGCGGCGACAGAGGCGGUGCGGCGGUUACGAAGCACAGCACCCCAUGCAAGUUCUUCCUGCGCGGCAGCUGCUCCAAUCAGCGCUGUCCUUAUUUGCACGUGCGCAAUCAAACGACCCUCCGCGCCGCACAGCACAAGGAGAUGGCGGCGGAACAAAGCAGCGGUACGGUGAAAGUCCUCUCCACCAUGCUGAAGCUUUUCUUUGAAAAGCAGACGCAGAACAUUUACGACGCCAACGCGGCGAUGCUGAACUUGUCGAAGUUGGCCUCGUUUGCGGACCUCUCCUCGGUCGCCUCGAGCAUCAACUUCAACACGCGUACUUUCUGCGUCGCGCUGUGUACGUGCAUCAGCGAGCUACUCACCCCACCUCCUGCCAUUCUGCAGUUAGACGAGAACGGCAUCAGCAGUUUCCACCACUUUUCCAAGGCUCUCGAGGAGGCCGGCCUGCACACCUCCCUCCGUGCCUUGUCGCUCGCCCACAACGAAAUCGCCUCCUCUGACGUCGCACAGGAGUUGAGGCAAUUUGCGAACCUCACCGAGGUGAACCUGAUCGGCAACCCGUGCACAGCGGCGGACGACUACAAAGCCAAGUUUAAAAAGUACGUCCCGUGGCUGCUCGGACUCGACGGCGACGGUCUCACCGCCCCACCGUUGGAGAUGCCGUGGCCGCGCUUCUUCGACCCGGCACAGACCGCUGUGGACCUCGCUGCCCCAAGCAGCUCCCCUGUGCGGCGGUACGACAGCACACAACAAGCAGUCUUGCAGUUUAUUCAAACUGCCGUGCUGAACCCAUUAGAGAUGGAGCCGACGUUAGGUGUGCUGACCGGCGUGGAUGCCGUGUCCGACGCCUACGCCUUAAACGCAUCCUUCUCUUUCAGCGUCGUCGCGAACGAUGCCGCGGUGUCGACGCCGCGCCGAACCGCCGGCGGGGGGGCCGCAUCCGCCCAGCGCGACGUCGUGCGUGAGAUCGUCGGGCUGCGCAUGCGGCAGACGGAGAGCAACCACAACCUGCUGUUCGGGCUCAAAGCGACAACGGUCGCCAUGGGCCGCACCAGCGUCUGCGCCAAGCUCGAGCACGUCCUCUACCCUAAAACGUUUGCGGUACGUCACUUCAUUCACGACAGCGUGGAUGUGGCGAUCUUAGACAACAAAGGCUUCGGUCCCAACGCGGUGGUCGGCAUGAAGCAGCCCCUUUCCGUUGUGACACUGCACGGUGUAAUGAUCUGGCGCUACCGCACGGCCACCACCGCCGCCGCGGACACGCCGCACAGCACCGCAACCCAACUGCGCGACGCGAUUGUGGUGAAGCGCAACUUCUCGCGUGUCUUCACCAUUUCCUCGGUCGAGCCCGGGCGGUGGCGAGUGGUAAACGACAUGGUCACUCUCUUUCCCUUCCGUGGUGAGGCGGGGGCCGCAGACUCGACGGACUCGAACAGCAACAGCCUCGGUGGCCGUGCGAGCGCAGAGCCGCCGACGACAGCGGAGAGCGUGCUUUUCCGCGACGUGCACCCCUACGAUGUUGUCUUUAUGCCGGCAGCCGAUCCCGCGCGGGCUGCACGCUUGGGACGCACCUACCGCGUGCCAACACCCAUCGUUGAAAUGAUAUCGGCGUUUGUCAACUCCGACAGCGAGCUAGUCGCCUUCUUGUUGGACCUCAGCGAUGUGCCGCUGGAGACUUACGAGCACUGCGCGGUGCUGGUGGAGAUGGAUCCGCUGCGGAGCAUCUUUCUGUGCCGCAUCGGCAACCGUCUGAGGAUUGAGCCCGCCGAAGGCGUGGUGCUGCUGCACCAAUGUGGCCCUAACUGGCCGGCGAUUCUACAGGCGGUAGGACGAUGA